UGGCUGUGGAGGCUGGGAGGCCUGGCUGGGCUCGGCCUUCCGUGUGGCUCUUCGGAAGCUAACCGGGAAGGACAGUAGAAAGGAUAGGAUCUCCCUCCGCGCCGUUGUUAGGAUCCAUGGUCCCCGUCGUGUUACGGGCCGCUUUGCGCGGAGGUGUCAGCCGGGGCUGCGCUCUUCCUGAGGCCUUCUCACCCGCCCUCCGUCCUCGUCCGCUUCCAGAGGCGGCACCCUGAGCCUGAGCGCCUUUUUACAAGGGGGAGCCUGGGGCUCUGAGUGCGAUAGUCGUCCCGAGGACACUUCGCCCAGUGUGGGGUGGGCGUUCGGCUGCUCCCGCAGAGCCCGCUCCAGUCGCCAGUUUCUCGACCCGGGUCUGCUCAGAGCAUCCCAUGGCGGCCGCGACGCUUAUGGACCGGGCUCAGGGCUGUGUGACCUUCGAAGAUGUGUUCGUGUACUUCUCCCGGGAAGAGUGGGAGCUCCUUGAGGAAGCUCAGAGACUCCUGUACCGUGAUGUGAUGCUGGAGAACUUUGCACUUGUGGCCUCGCUGGGUUGUUGGUGUGAAGCAGACAAUGAGGAGGCCCCUUCUGAGCAGAGCGUUUUUGUAGAAGGAGUGUCAGAGGUCAGGACUCCUGAGUCAUGUCCAUUUAUCCAGAAAGCCCAGCCGUGUGAGAUAUGUGACCCACUCUUGAAAGACAUUUUGCACCUGGCUGAACACCAGGGAUCAUGCCCUGCACAGAAACUGUACACAUGUGACCCCUGUGGGCAAGGAUUCCUGUUCAGUGAAAACUUUUAUCAGCACCAGAAGCAAUAUAGUGGGAAGAAUCCUGUCAGAAGGGGUGAUGAUGGGGCCUCACUUGUGAAGAGCUGUGCUGUCCACAUGUUAGGGAGACCUUUUACUUGCAGGGAGGAAGGGAUGGACUUGCCAGGUAGCUCUGACCUGUUCCAGUACCAAAGCACUUACAAUGGAAUGAGUCCAUGCAAAAAGGCUGAGUUCAUGGAGCCUUUUCCACAAAGCUCCAGACUCGGGCGACACCAGGGAGACCAUGAUGAACUGAUGCUUCUCAAUUGCAGUGACAAUGGGAAAACGUUCCUGAACACCUUCACUCUCCUUGACAACCAGAUAACUCAGGCUGAAGUGCGAGCUUUUAGGUGCCUACCAUGUGGAAAUCUGUCCAAGGAGAAAUCAGUUCUUAUUCAUCACACAAAAAUUCAUAGUGGAGAAACAUCACAUGUGUGUAAGGAAUGUGGAAAGGCCUUCAUUCACCUGUCUCACCUAAAAACCCACCAGAAAUUUCACAAUGGGAAAAGACAAUAUACAUGCAGUGAAUGUGGGAAGGCCUUCAGCCGCAAAGACACGCUUGUACAACACCAGAGAGUCCACACUGGAGAAAGGUCUUAUGACUGCAGCGAAUGUGGAAAAGCUUACAGCAGAAGCUCCCACCUUGUUCAGCACCAGAGAAUUCACACCGGAGAAAGGCCUUAUAAGUGCACUGAAUGUGGAAAAGCCUUUAGCCGUAAAGACACACUUGUUCAGCACCAGAGAUUUCAUACUGGAGAAAGGCCUUAUGAGUGCAGUGAAUGUGGGAAAUUCUUUAGCCAAAGCUCUCACCUUAUUGAGCACUGGAGAAUUCACACUGGGGCAAGGCCUUACGAGUGCAUAGAAUGUGGAAAAUUCUUUAGCCAUAACUCCAGUCUCAUUAAACAUAGGAGAGUCCACACAGGAGCAAGGUCUUAUGUGUGUGGCAAAUGUGGGAAGGCUUUUGGCUGCAAAGACACACUUGUUCAGCACCAGAUAAUUCACACUGGAGCAAGGCCUUAUGAGUGCAGCGAGUGUGGAAAGGCCUUCAGCCGUAAAGACACGCUUGUACAGCACCGGAAAAUCCACACUGGAGAAAGGCCUUAUGAGUGUGGUGAAUGUGGAAAAUUCUUUAGCCAUAGCUCCAACCUCAUUGUGCAUCAGAGAAUUCACACUGGAGCGAAGCCUUAUGAGUGCAGUGAAUGUGGGAAAUGCUUUAGCCACAACUCCAGCCUCAUUCUACACCAGAGGGUUCACAGUGGAGCAAGGCCUUAUGUGUGUAGUGAAUGUGGGAAAGCCUACAUUAGUAGCUCCCAUCUUGUUCAGCACAAGAAAGUCCACACUGGAGCGAGGCCUUAUGAGUGCAGUGAAUGUGGGAAAUUCUUUAGCCGCAACUCUAGCCUCAUCCUUCACCAGAGGGUUCACACUGGAGAGAAGCCUUACGUGUGCAGUGAAUGUGGGAAAGCCUAUAGCAGAAGCUCCCAUCUUGUUCGGCACCAGAAAGUUCACACUGGCGAAGGGCCUCAUGAAUGCAACAGUUUUGAUGGCCCUUUAGCUGCAUCUGUUACACAUGUUUAGCAGCCAGAAGGUUCACGCUAGAGAAAGGCCUUAUGAAUGCAGAAAAUGUGCUGUAUCUUUGUUCAAGGUAUUAGGACUCACACCAGAGAAGAGCUCUGUGAGUGCCCUUUGUGAGGGAGCCAGCAGGUCAACCUUGUACAAUCGUACAUCCACCCCGGGGAGAUUCCCGAUAAGUACCACAUAGGUGAGAAGCUCUCAUGAGGUGCAUUGCACUUCCUCAACUGUCCAGGGCUCUUGACAGUUAUAUCACUGCCAGUGCCUGUGGUGGAAGCCAUCUCAUUGCUGUUAAGUUCCCACAGUGUCUGUCAGUUACUCCAAUAUGCUCAGGAAAGGUGGAGACCUGUGCUGUCUCUCCUGAUCCCUCUAGGGGAUUGUGAAUGUUCUGAGUGCACAGAAGGUCCUCAUUUCCUUCCCCAUGACUGGGUACUGAGUGACCAUGAUCUAGCUCUGGCCGAAAGGACCAGAGUCUACUGGGGAUUUCCAGACAAGAUUUCACUUCUUCCUGGACAAUGUUGACUGUCACAUGAUAGCUGUGACUUAUUUAUCUUGCUCCCAAGUCACCCAACUUUGGAACUCCCUGUCUGUGCUACUCUAGUCUGUGCAGUGAUAAAGGCCUGCUGUGGCAGUCUUUACUCACGGGAGGUCAGUUCACUGUGUCUAAUGGAUUGAGAAAAAAUUGGGUUUUACUGACAUGAAGGGAGGAACACCUUAUGUUGACACCAAUGCUAUGUGCCUCAGAAGGGACAGCAGGGUGGUAGAGAACAGCUCUCAGUCUAGUCUGGCCUAGUUUGCAUUGUUGCCCAAGGCUUGCUAGAAAAGUCUGAAGAGCUUUAUGCACCUAAUCCUGUGGCUUAGAAGUCAGGAUUUACUGUGAGCCCAGAGUUCAUUCUGAGGAGGGCACAGUUGGUGUGGAAAUCUCCAGUACUUGUGGAAGCAACAUGAAUUGGGUCCUUUGUUCCUAGGGAAUAUCCCAUAUUCCCCAGCACUUUUGAGGGAUUUCUGUCUCCUGGACCUGUACAGGAGCCAGUCCCUGAUGUCCAGAAUCUCAUAGGCAAGUAUCAUUGACUGGAAGGCUUUAGCCCUUUAGGGCAAGGUAGGAAUCAUAGUUGGUACAGAAACACUGAUAUAAUGGAGUGGGGAUGACUGUGGCUAGUGAGAGGAUGUGUGUCUAUUCUAACAGUGGCAUCUAUAAAUAUCCAUGUGAUUUUGGCUGUAUGGCAUGAAAGUGUACAGAAAUUCUCAGGACCUUCAGACGUCUGAGUCUCUGCAGCCAAUGCACUGUUACAGUAAAUAAUCUAAAGAUUUGUGGAUUCCUGUACCUCCCUGGGCUGUUGAUGUUAUGGCCAUCACUGCACAGGCAGGAACCCCAGCACUGAUGAGAGAUCCAGGGAUCAGGCUUCUCUGACCCAGCCAGAGUGACUGAAGUGGAUGUGGACUUCAUUGCUGAUACUGAGGCAGGGCUCAUCCCCCUAAACUGUGGGGAGAGGGAUAUGCUAGAACCAGAACAGUUGGCAGAUGUGACUUUCCAAGAGGAAUGGUAAAUAUGGGUUUUCAUAGGGAACAUUUAGUUCUUAACAUCUUCAUUAAGGUAUGGUGACAUGAAAUAAACUGAAUAUGUAAAGUGUAAAACGUGUUAUGUUUCACCAUGUGUAAAUACUGAUGAGACCACACCAUCAAGAUAAUGGAGAUAUCCCACACAACCAAAAGAUUCCUUGUAUCCCUUUAUAAUCCUUUCCUCCCAGUCCUUUCUGGCCCCCUUUCCCACAGUUCACAAGUAAUAGCAAGCAUUUUCUAGAAUUUCAUAUAAAUAGAAUCAUGGUAUAUACUUUCUGGGGAGUGGGGACUCUGAUAUUUUUCACUAACCGUAACUAUUUUGAGAUUAAGCCAUCGUGUUGCAUGUAUUAAUUGUUCAUUUGUAUUGUUGAGUAUUAUUCCAUUGUAUGGAUAUACUACAAUUGGUUUUUUAUCCAUUUGCCUGUUAUGGAUGUUUGGGUUAUUUCCAGCUUUUGGCUGUUACAAAUAAAGCUGCUGUGAAGAUUUGCUUAUAAGUUAUCACUGAAUAACAUUCCAUUGUAUGGAUGUAACAGUUUGCUUAUCCAUUCACUGGCUGAAGGACAUCUUGAUUGCUUCCAAGUUUUGGCAGUUAUGAAUAAACCUGCAAUAUGCAUUGUGUGUAGGAGGACAUAAGUUUGUCGACCUCAGAUUUCAGUUUGUUUGGUUUCAAGCCAAGGCAUGAUUUGCUGGGUCAUAUAGUAAGAGUAUAUUUAGUUUUGUAAGAAACUGUCUUCCAAAAUGGCUGUAUCAUUUUGUAUUCCCAUGAGCAGUAGGUGAGAGUUCUGUUGCUCCAUGUCCCUGUCAGCAUUUGGUGUUGUCAGUGUUUUCGAUUUUUGCCAUUCACAUAGGUGUGUAGUAACAGUAUGUUUUUGUUGCUUUAAUUUGCAAUUCCCUAACGACAUAUGACGAAUAUCUUUCAAUAUUCUUUUAACAGUGUCUUUUGCAGAGCAGAACUUUUAAAUUUUAGUCAAGUCCAAAAUACUCGGUUUUUCUUUCAUGGAUUGUGGUUUGGUGUUGUAUCUAAAAACUCAUUGCCAAACCCAAGGUCUUCAUUGUCUCCUGUGUUAUCUUCUAGGUAUUCUAUAGUUUUUGUUUGUUUUUUUGCGGUACGCGGGCCUCUCACCGCUGUGGCGUCUCCCCUUGUGGAGCACAGGCUCCAGACGCGCAGGCUUAGCGGCCAUGGCUCACAGGCCCAGCCACUCCGCAGCAUGUGGGAUCUUCCCGGACCGGGGCACGAACCCGUGUCCCCUGCAUCGGCAGGCGGACUCUUAACCACUGUGUCACCAGGGAAGCCCUAUUCUAUAGUUUUGUAUUUAGGUUUAUUAUCCAUUUUGUGAAAAUAUUUGUGAAAGGUGUAAGAUCUGUGUCUGGGUCACUUUCUUAAAGCCCUAUGUGUUGAAAAGACUAUCCUUUCUCCAUUCCUUUGCCUUUGCUCCCUUUUCAAAGAUCACUUGACUGUAUUAGCAUGGAUGUAUUUCUAGACUCUCUGUUCCAGUUUUCUCCAUUUAUUGUGAUAAUCAUCAUGUGGCUUUGGGGGGUUUUUUCUUGUUUUUUAUUUUAUUUAUAUGGUUUAUUCCAUUAAUUGAUAUCCAAAUGUUAAGCCAACCUUGCCUUUCCUGGGACAAAUCCCACUGGAUCAUGUUGUAUAAUCCUUUGUAUAUGUUGCCGAGACAGUUUUCUGAUACUUUGUUAAUGUAUUUUACAUCUAUAUAGAUGAACAAUAAUGAGUUUGUAUAUUUGUUUUCUUCUGAUACCUCUGUAUCACAGGGGUCCCCAACCCCCGGGCCGUGGACUGGUACCGGUCCGUGGCCUAUUAGGAUCCGGGCUGCACCACAGGAGGCGAGCUGCGGGAGGGCACCCGGGGAGCGAAGCUUCACCUGCUGCUCCCCAUGGCUCGUGUUACCGCCUGAACCACCCCCUCCAACAACCCUCCCACCCGGUCCAUUGGAAAAUUGUCUUCUUCAAAACGAGUCUCUGGUGCCAAAAUGUUUGGGGACUGCUGCUGUAUCACAGUAAUUCUGAUCUCAUAGAAUAAGUUAGGAAGUGUUUCCUCCUCUUUUCUGGAAGAGUUUUUGAAGGAUCAGUGAUAUUUCUUUUUUAAAUGCUUUCUGGAAUUCCUUAGUGAAGGCACCUGAGCCUGGAAUUUUC